AACCUUUCCUUUCCCUCUCCCUUUCUCUAAUGCUACUCUCUCUCUCUCUCUUCCCACUAAUGCCAACCAUUCUUUUUCUCUCUAAUGCUAGUGGUUCUCUUUCUCUCUCCUUCCCUCUCUUUGCAGUUAUAUGCUUCAACUUAUACAUGUUAGCCGCUAAACAAAGGUAAAACUUUAUAGCAUGGGGAGAGAUGGACAAAGAAAUUAACCAAGAAACUCCUCCAUCUCUCCUUUCUAACAGUAACACCAAGGAAGAGUACUCUCCAAGAAAACCAUUUGCCGGCGGUGCCGCCGGCAGCGCUGGCGGUGGCGAUAGGUUGAAAAGAGAUGAGUGGAGUGAAGGAGCAGUUUCAAGCCUUCUUGAAGCCUAUGAAUCCAAAUGGGUUCUCAGAAAUCGAGCCAAGCUCAAAGGGCAUGAUUGGGAAGAUGUUGCACGCCACGUUUCAUCGCGUGCAAAUUGUGCCAAGUCCCCUAAAACGCAAACUCAGUGCAAGAACAAGAUUGAGUCAAUGAAGAAAAGGUACCGGUCGGAGUCUUCCACUGCUGAUGCCUCGUCAUGGCCUCUAUACACACGUCUUGACCUUUUGCUCCGUGGAAGUGGACCGGUUCAAGCUCCGCCACUGCCGCCUCCACCGCCACCACCUCCUCCUCUUCCUCCUACUCAUCUACCUCCAUCUGCCGCUCCUUUAAUGUUGCUCGAGCCAUCCCCGGCAGCGGUGCAACCACCGCCUCCGCCUCCAGCUCCUCCUCCACAAGUUGGAACCGCUCAAAACUCUCAUGGAUCCAAUGGUAUUGAUAGGGUGGCCAAGGAAGAUGGAGAAGGAACCAAAUUAUCCGACCAAGUGUCAGACAAGAACCACAUGGAGACAGACAGCAGCACACCAGCCCUCUACAGUGACAAGGAAAAAUCAAGGUCAAAAAAGAUGAAGAUGAAAAUGGAGAAGAAGAAGAGGAGAAGAAGGGAAGAACUGGAAAUAGCAGACAGCAUAAGAUGGCUAGCAGAAGUAGUGGUGAGGUCAGAGCAAGCAAGGAUGGAGACAAUGAGGGAGAUAGAGAGAAUGAGAGUUGAAGCAGAGGCAAAGAGAGGUGAAAUGGAUCUCAAGAGAACAGAGAUUCUUGCAAAUACCCAGUUGGAGAUUGCAAGGCUCUUUGCAGGCAUUGGCAAAGGUGUUGAUUCUUCAUUAAGAAUUGGAAGAAGUUGAUGAUUAAGUAGUUGAACCCAAUUAAGUAUUAUAUGUAUAGAUCUUUGUGUAGUGACACUGAAAAAAGGAAAAGGGAACUUUUAGAGGUGAGAGUCUUUGAAAGAUAUUUGACUAAUUGUACUGCAAGAAUCAUAUGGUAGGCAAAAUAACAUCUCUACCUCAUUGUAAUCCUAUCUUUCUCUAAGCAAUCGGGUGUUUUUGCAAAGCUUUAUACGUAGAAUAUUUAAUUGAAUAAGAGGUGAAUUGUGGAGUUAGG